AUGAACACAAACCUGGCACGCUACCCAGUUUUGGCUGUCGGUCUUCCACUCGUUGGAGGAUUCCUCUCUGCUAUUCCUUCUCACCAGCAUGUGCAGGGCUACUAUGAAUCUCUCCGUAAGCCUGAUUGGGCGCCUCCUUCUUCCAUGUUUGCGCCUGCCUGGACUGCCCUCUACAUUUCCCUCGGAUAUGCCUCCCAUUUGGUUGCUCUCCGAACUGGACCCAACACUUUACCUUCAAUGCGCUCAGUGGCUCAGACUGGAUUGGGGAUCUAUGGCAUUAACUUGGCCUUCAACUUUGCUUGGUCACCUCUGAUGUUCUGGAAAAAGAAGAUUGGUGCCGCUCUCGUCACUGCUGGUGGUUUGACUGCUUCAGCUGUUGCUGUUUCCUACUACUUCUUCAAGGUGGACAAGAUGGCCGGUUACUUGACUCUUCCCUAUGUUGCCUGGUUAGGAUAUGCCACUGCUCUUAACUACGAUAUCUGGAUCAAGAAUGCUCAAGGUCCCGCUGCUGAUCAUGCUCGCAGAAUCGGCAAGGACGUCAACGAUGCUGCUAGACACGCCAAGAACGAGUUCAAGGACGCUGCCAAACAUGCCAAGGAAGAUGCCAGGGAUGCUGCACGUAACGCUAACAAGAACGCUCGCAAUGCCGCUAACGAGACUGCUGACAAGAUCGACCGUGAGCUCCGUUAA